GUUAACCGCUCUCGGAGGUGGUAGUUGUCCCAGCGCCGCCCCAGGGCUUCGCUCGCCGGCGCAUAACCAAUGGCGAAACGGAUCUCGGCGACGAGGCGAGCGAACGGUGUUCUCCAACUAGAUGCCACGCGCUUGCAGGUGCGAGGUACCGGCGGUGUCCUCCCCGGCCAGCCACAGCGACAGCGGGUGCGCAUCCCCGUCGGAAGCCUCUGGCGGCGGCGGCGGCAACGGCAGUGGCGGAGAGGUCCUCGCGCCUUUGGUCAACAUCGCUCGCGGGGUGUCUAUGGCAGGUUCCUCCGCGGCUACUUCUCCUGCGGCAGCGUCUUCGUCAGUGUCUUCAUCGUAUCACCAGAGCACAAGCGGUGGACCUCCUCCCCCUCCUCCCCCUGCGGCCCAGCCAGCGCCCCAGGCGUCUGCAGACCCUGCUUGGCUGACGCCCACGUCCAUACACCACAACAACAACACAUUGCUCGAAGUGAAGGGCGAGCCGAGCAGUAGCAACACAGCCGCCGACGUGUUCACGGACGCCCUGCCACCCUACACGCCGGCUGCAGAAAACAAGUCCGACCUCUCGUCCUCGCACCUACAGCAGCUCUAUUCCAGCACAAUGCAAGCGUACGGUGGCAACUCGUACAUGCAACCACCAGGGUUUUACAAUACGAUGCCGAACUCUCAGUAUUCCUACGGAUCGGAGUAUUUGAUAGGUUCAACCCGGGGUCUGAACCAGAGCGGAAAGACGCCCGCCGCCUCCACCUUAGGCUCCGGCACCCUCGGCUCCUCCUGCCUGGGCUCCACGGGCUCCCUCGGAUCAGCAAGCAGCUUAGGCUCCGCCACGGCCUCGUACCUUGCACCCUACAGCACGUUCGGGAGCAGUAGUGGCUCUCAGGCGUGCCAGAACCCCUACUAUGGCACCUCCUACAAUGCCUCUUUCGCUUCGAAUAACACACAGAAUUACGCGUCCACACAGCAGCAGGGGCUGGACUCCGCGGCAUACUACUACGCUGGCCAGGCGGCUGUGACAGGGGGCUACUACUACGGCCAGGGCUACCCGGGGUACAUGGGCUCCUCCACAGCCUCCACUACGUCGGCCGCCGCCGCCGCAGCCUCCAACGGGUUAAGCACCGGCCUGCCGACGCCGCCCACGCCCACCACCACCUACCAGCUCACCCUGCCCAUCGAAACAGAUUCAGGGUUCCAGGGCGUGGACAGUCCUUCCUCUCCGCUCAAAGACACAAGCUCGCGGUCUCGCAAUGGGCGGUCUCGGCGCGGCAACCCGUCUCCGGACCCCGAGAACAAGGUGGAGCGCGUCUACAUCUGGGAUCUGGACGAGACCAUCAUCAUCUUCCACUCGCUCCUCACGGGCACCUACGCAAGGACAUUCGGGAAGGACACUGCCAAUGCUGUUCAGCUGGGCUACCACAUGGAAAAGCUGAUAUUUGACCUGGCAGACACGCACUUCUUUUUCAAUGAUCUAGAGGAGUGCGACCAAGUUCACAUCGAUGACGUGUCUUCGGACGACAACGGCCAAGACCUCAGUAACUACAACUUCGCAACGGACGGGUUCAGCGCUGCCAACAGCAACGCUUCGCUGUGCCUGGGCACGGGUGUGCGAGGAGGCGUUGACUGGAUGAGGAAGCUUGCAUUCAGGUACCGCAAGAUCAAGGAACUUUUUAACAGCUGCAGGAACAAUGCCGGAAGUCUCCUGGAUCCCGAGAAUAGAGAAAAGUGGCACAGAGUUCGCCAGGAAAUCGAGACCCUGACAGACCAGUGGCUGACAGAGUCCAUGAAAUGCCUGCAGCUCAUAGCCUCUAGGCCCAACUGCGUGAACGUGCUGGUGACCACAACGCAGCUGGUCCCCGCCCUGGCCAAGGUCCUCCUCUACGGCCUCGGCUCCGUCUUCCCAAUCGAAAACAUCUACUCGGCAACCAAAGUCGGAAAAGAAAGCUGUUUCGAGCGCAUCGCCUCGAGGUUCGGUCGGAAGCCAGUGUACGUGGUCGUUGGCGACGGGCGCGACGAAGAGACAGCGGCUAAGCAGCUUGACUUCCCAUUCUGGCGGAUCCAGACCCACCAUGAUUUCGUGAAUCUAUAUAAGGCGCUGAGCGUGUGCGGCCUCUGAGCACCGUUUAGCUUGCCGCUUCAACUAAUCUGUUUCUUCCCCUACCUACUGCCCAGAUUUAACAGCAGUGUCAGUAAUAUUUGAAGUGUACAUUGCUUCUGCUAAUCUAUGUAAGUGUAGACUUUUUAAACCUUUCCCUCAUAGCUCAGAGUUAGUUUGUAGUGCGAGAGUAUGAAGCAUUCUGCUCAUUCCAUGUCUUUUCUCUGCACUAUCCACUUGUCUGUUUGAUGGCGGAAACAGCCGUGCACUUUCCCCAUUUAGAUCCUUUAAGCUUUUUAUCUCCUGUGAGAUCAAAUUCUCGCUAUUGGUCUGAACAAGACAAAUGUUCAACAAGGAAACAACAGAUGACAUCAGCGGAUAAAAGUGAAGCUUGCCUUUAAAACUUCGGCAAAAGCACAUUGUUGCUUAGAUGGAACAGACUACCAAAAAGUGAAAUCUCUUUGUGAACUUCAUAGGAAGUGUGAUUUAAGUGACAUUGUUUAUUUGUUUAAAGACUGACUUAUGAUUAUUGACAAGAAAAGUAUGGACGAAAACUUAUUGUCAAGAUCCAACUGCGAAGACUGACUUGCUUUCUUUUCUUGAGCUGGCUCAGCACCAGAGCAAAGUGAGUCAGCAGUGAUUUGUAUGGACCGACACCCUCCACACGCUGGACGUAAUGCAAGUUCAAAAGCAUCCAGAAUUAUUCCGUUGUUCGCAGAAAGCAUCUGUGCAAUGAAAUAUCUGCUAACAAGACGAAUCUAAGGACAAACAAGAAUCACAUUCAGUAUAUGUAGUGGAGUGAUGUAGUCAAUCAGUUGAUAAGGAAAUACUCGUGAUAAUGCUUGUUGAUUCCAAUAAGCACUUAAAUUAAUUGUCUGAUGUCUAAAUUGACAGUUGAAAACACAAACUUGUUAUGUAGUAGAGGUGUAUGUUUGCUUUAGACAUUCCCAAAGUACAUAUUCACAAGGUAUAUAUAUAUAUAUAUUUCUCAGUAUACUAACAUAUGGUUUGUGUAAGAAAAAGUGAGUUACAGCAGAAUUACUGUAAACAGCAUGGGAUGAGGAACAGUGUGUAAGUUCACCUUGCAAGCCCUUUAGAGUACCUUGUCUACUUGGAGGGGGAAUUGCAUGUUGAAACUGCAUUGCAGAUGUUUCUGCAUGUGGCAAAGUAUUAAUGUUUUGCGAAUUGCACUCCUUAGUUAAGGCUUGUUCUGGUUGAUUGUAAAGUCACAGCAAUUCCACAAAUUGGUGGUACAGCAUUGUGCCUGUAAAGACUCUUUGUGUUGUAGUGCUGUCACUGAAUACUUUUCUGUAUAUAUCUGCCUCUCUUACCAUUACAAUGAAGUAGUUUCCCAGCCAAACGUGAUACAUGAACUGUUUGGUGAACAGAAUGCCUGUUAGGUAGUUAUUCCUGCUUUGAAAAGUCCAUUUAAAUGGCAUAAAACAACGUUCCAUUUAUAUAACCAGAUGAAUUAUCCCUAAUAGUAAUGUUUGUACAAAAUGUAAAGCAUUAGAUGAUUGUCCUAAUCUGCUUUGUACCUUAAUAUUUGUAGUGACUGUAGUGUCAGAAGUCUGGAAUAUAUCACUGGCCAGUUAACCCACAUUUAUAUUUCUACUGCUUGACAAUGGUACCUCCCUUCAGAGAAAAAUUGAUACAGUAGAAGGCCUCUUAUAUAUCCCAGUUUUCUAUUAAGAUAUUGUGAUAAUGCAGUUAAUUUUUUAUACAAGCUUCUACACAAAAGGAUUGCAGUAGCUGAUGGAUAUUAGAUUUCCUGGCCUUUUCCCUUAUCAUUGAGGUGAGACUUGAUUUAGGGCCAUGUUCAGCCGGUCGGAGUGAAGGACUGCGAUGAUGCUGUACUUUAAAGAAAAUUAUUGCGAGUAAAGUAUUAUACUGAUGCAGUGAUAUGGUUAGCAUCAGUGUUGGUGUACAUUUGGCUAUAUCCUCAAUCCCAUUUUGUUUAUUAUAUUUAUUACUCUCUCACCCUUCAAACUGGGAACAUGAUAAAGCUAUCCAAAUAUCUUGCAUGUAGAUUGAUAUUUAUGUAGGAUAUCAGUUAUUGUUAAGUAUAACUUCGUAACUGAAAUAUAGCAACUCAGCAAUAAGCUGCUUUUUCUUUAAUUGUUAGGAAGUGAAACCUUUUUAUCUCACUAGGUUUAAUUGGUACGUCAGCGCUGCCUCCCGAAGUAGUCCAAUGUGUUCGAGAAAUGAAAUUCUUAUCAGGGGGAUAUCCAGAUCCGCCUGUUGAUUAACAGAGCGCAUUUACAGUGAUACUUCUGUUUAGGGCAAAUGCUGGGAACUGUUCACGCAAGACAGUUACUAUUCCAGUCACGCUGUCCCAAUCGACUCUGUUUAGUAUCAUUUUACAUUUUCUACAGAUUCUUCUUAUUGUUCUCAUUACUCCUUCAUACUCUUCUUUUAAGCAAAUUAAAUAGCAUUCUGUUUGUCAUAAUUAUAAUGUCUUUCAUAUGUAUUUCCAAACCAUUUGUUAUAAUGCCUGUAGGUAGUCCUGACUGCAAAAGCAGUUGAAAGUAUCUGGGAUAGAUCUUCGAAUGCAGGGUUGCAUCUAUGUCCUUCGUCACAAAGAAAUUAAUGGGGAUUGUCGUGAUCAUUAUUAUUAUUUUGAAAAAGUCGGUCAGUGAGCAUUGGCAGGCAUAAAAUGGGUGAGGUAAAACUCCUGGACUUAUAUUUAUUUACAUAUACAGGUGUUUUACAGUAAGAUGUCUUGUGGGCUUUAAAUUUGCUCCAUAUGUUUUCGUGUGGGAGUAUUGUGUCUGUUCUUUAAAUUCAUCAUCCCAGAUCAUGUCUCAUUUUUGUGUACCAGUAGAAGAUGAUGGUUUCAAGAAAAUUUUCCGAAAUGGGAAUUUUCGCAGGAUGCUCAAAAUGUAUUGUCUGAUUUUAAUCAAUAUUUUAUUGACUGACCUUUGUGGUUUUAGCACCCCGUCAAUGGGACUGGCUGUUAUGAAGCUGAAUACCAGUGCAAAAUAGUUCUCAUCCUGCAAAAUAGGAUUCUGAUGUGAUAGAGUUUCCAGCCAUGAUCUACUACUGAUGCACAAGCUUCUAAAAAACAAAUGCCUGCGGUGGGAAUGAACACGAAUGUGAUGCAGUAAUUAUGACUCUCAAUAAUCCUCUGAUUGAGCUUCUUGGUGAAGUGUAAAAAAUCCAUAACUACUGAACUGAUUUUGUAAAUGUAAUUUCAGUAUCCAUUCUCUUUUAUUUUUAAAGUAGGUAGUAGGUAGACUGCCUGUGUGAAAAUGGUCAACGUCACAAAAUUUAAACUUGCACUUUUGGACUCAAAUGUGAAGUUAAUGCACAACCUAAAAGUACGAAACUUUUGUUUAACUGUAAAAAAUGCAGGCAAUAUCUCCUGUUAAUCUGACUAUAUCUGGAUUUCCUUCAGUAUUUGUAAUUCUUAUUAAUGUAUGGUUACAAAUAUGUGAGUAAUAAAUUACUAUACUUUUA